AUGGCCAAAAGUCUUGGGCUAAUCAUAGUCUUCAUAUCCCUGUUUUCUCUGUUUUCUCAAGCCCUUUCAAGAAUUUCCUCUAAUAAUGCCAUUGAAUUUUGGUGCAGUAAAACCCCACAUCCACAAACAUGCAAGCAUUUUGCAAGAAACCAUUACCUCCUUCAAGAUGGUUUCCCAAAAAGUGCAUCUGAAUUCAAGAAAUUCAUCCUAAGAAUUGCUAUGGAUGAAUCUGUGAAAGCCCAAAAUCACAACAAGUGGUUAGGCUCCAAAUGUGGAAGCAAGCAAGAAAAGGCAGCAUGGAGUGAUUGCUUGAAUCUCUAUGAAGACACCAUCAGCAUUCUUAACGAAACCCUAAACCCUACAAGGAAUAGCCCUAGCUAUGAUCUCCAAACAUGGCUUAGCACUGCUCUAACAAACCUUGACACAUGCCAAACUGGGUUUGUAGAACUUGGUGUUGACAACAAUGUUCUAACCCUCAUUCCAAACAAGAAUAUAUCAGAGAUCAUAAGCAACACUUUGGCUCUUAACAAUGCUUCAUCAACUACACAAGAGAAUAAAAACAGUUACAAAAAUGGCUUCCCAAACUGGCUGUCACAUGGUGACAGGACGCUUCUACAGUCUUCAUCACCAUCUCCUGAUAUUGUGGUAGCAAAAGAUGGUUCAGGGAAUUUUAAGACCAUCAAAGAAGCUUUGGAAGCAGUUCCCAAGAGGAGUGGGAGAAAGAGGUUUGUUAUAUAUGUUAAGCCCGGGGUUUACAAUGAGAACCUUGACAUUGGGAAGAGUUUGAAGAAUAUCAUGUUGUUUAGUGAUAGUAUGAGGCUCACUGUCAUAACAGGUAGCCGAAGUGUUGGAGGAGGUUCUACCACUUUUAAUUCUGCAACAGUUGCUGUGAAAGGAGAUGGAUUCAUUGCUCGUGCCAUCACAUUCCGCAACACUGCAGGUCCACAAAACCAUCAAGCAGUGGCAUUGCGUUCUAGUGCUGACCUCUCUGUCUUCUAUCGCUGUGGAUUUGAAGGGUACCAAGACACUCUCUAUGUUCAUUCCCAAAGACAAUUCUACAAAGAAUGUUACAUUUAUGGCACAGUUGAUUUCAUCUUUGGCAAUGCAGCUGUGGUCUUCCAAAACUGCAACAUAUAUGCAAGGAAACCAACGGGCAAACAGAAAAACGCUAUAACAGCACAAGGCAGAACAGACCCUAAUCAAAACACUGGUUUUUCCAUCCAAAACUCAAGUGUUAAGGCUUCUCAAGAGCUUGUCCCUAUGCUUAACUCCUUCAAAACAUUCCUGGGUCGGCCAUGGAAACAGUAUUCAAGAACUGUGUUUAUACAUACUUACCUUGAUACUUUGGUUGACCCUGCAGGGUGGUUGGAAUGGAAUGGAAAUUUUGCACUCAACACUUUGUAUUAUGGAGAGUAUAAGAAUUUUGGUCCAAGAGCUUCUACUAGUCAACGAGUGAAAUGGGGUGGUUACCAUGUCAUAACAAGUGCAACUGAAGCAUCCAAAUUCACAGUUGAGAAUUUUAUUGAAGGGCAAGCAUGGUUACCAGCUACUGGCAUUCCAUUCUUCCCAGAACUCUGA